GCUGGCAGGCAUGAGUGACCUUCAGCCAACCUACCAGGCUGUGUGGGUGGGCCUUAGGCUGGGCUCCGAGUCAGGUUACGAAUGGUCGGACGGAACUGCCCUGGACUAUGUCAACAGGGCGGAGGGUCAACCGGACAGUUAUUAUGGCAGAGAGAACUGCGGCUCUGCUGAUACCACCUCCAUGAAGCUCUCUGACAGUGUCUGUGAUGCUUUCCUCCCGUUUGUCUGUGAGGCAGCUCAAGGAACUAUGGUGACAACUUUGGCCCCUCCAACAAGAGGUCCUGACAUACUGUGUGAUGAUGACGCCUCCUGGCUUAUGUACGAGGACCACUGCUACAAGUUUAUCUCUGAAGCUGACGAGGACCCUCAGGACUGGUGGGGUUCUCAUAAGCUCUGUAGGAAGGAAGGAGCAGAGCUGGUCUCCAUCCAUACCUACGACGAGAAUUACUGGAUUGAGUCAAAG